UGAUUUGGGUCGUCUUUGUUGAUGAUCUCGGAGUGCAGUAGCUUUCCAGUUUGCGUAUCAGAGUUUACGUUUGGUUCCGGAUCUUAUCAACCCUCCCAUUUCGCUCGCUUUUCAGCGCGACUCCAUUCAGAGAGGUUAUUUCACCCUAAGAGUAUGGCGGAUAUCGACAAUAAAGCAGAUUUGGCGAAACAUGUCGAAGCUGUCGAUGCCAUCCCCAGUAAAGUCCUCGUCGAGAAUGCCGCCGUGGGCUCAGACCUCGAGCACGAACUUGCACCAUGGGCAGCGAUAAAGGCGUACCCGAUGGCCGUCUUCUGGUGUCUGAUGGUCUCGAUGUGUGUGGUCAUGGAAGGAUACGAUCUCAUCCUGAUCGGAAACUUCUACGCCUAUCCAGCUUUUGCGAAGAAGUAUGGCGAAUAUGUUGCGGAGACCAACAACUAUCAGCUCACCGCGCCAUGGCAGGUGGCUCUUGGGAACGCAUCUGGUAUUGGAGCCUUUUUCGGUGUCCUGGCCAACGGAUAUCUGGUUGAUAUCUUUGGAAAGAAAAAACUACUACUUUGUUCUCUUGUGGUUCUGUCCUGCUUCAUUUCCAUGACUUUCAAAGCCGACACCAAAGUCAUUCUACUUCUCGGUGAAAUGCUGUGUGGUCUUCCUUGGGGUGUCUUUGCUACCACGGCGCCGGCUUAUGCAUCUGAAGUCCUUCCGCUUUCACUGAGAGUGUACAUGACUUCGUACACCAACAUGUGUUUCAUCAUGGGUCAACUCAUCGCAGCAGGCGUCCUCUCCUCGCUCAGCACGCGCAAUGACCAAUGGGCUUACCGAAUCCCAUUCGCCCUGCAAUGGGCUUGGCCAGUUGUUCUUUUCCCCAUUCUACUGUUCGCACCGGAAAGUCCCUGGCAUCUAGUCCGCCACGGAAAGCUCGAAGAAGCCGAAAAGUCUCUCGCUCGUUUGGUGCGAAAGUCCGCCAACAUCGAUCCCAAGAAAACACUUGCCUACAUCGUCCACACCAACGAAUUGGAACGCGAGAUUCAAGCUGGUACUUCCUAUCUGGACUGUUUCAAGGGUGUGGAGCUGAGGAGGACGGAGAUCGCAUGUAUGGCUUUUGCUGGGCAAGUGUUUGCUGGCUCGCUAUUUGCGUACAACUCGACCUAUUUCUUCCAGCAGAUCGGCCUAGGUACGAAGGCGACAUAUCGUAUGAAUGUUGGUGGCACAGGGAUGGCUUUGGCUGCAACGCUCAUUUCGUGGUUCGCCAUAAUGCCGUACGUGGGAAGACGAACGAAUUACCUCUGGGGAAUGGGAACCAUGACAGUAAUACUCUUCCUGAUCGGCUUCUUGAAUAUUAAAGAAAGAGAUGACAAUAUCGUUAUCACCCAAGCAGCUUUGACCUUAAUCUGGACCUUCGUCUUCCAGCUGUCUGCGGGGCAACUCGGUUGGGCUUUACCAGCAGAAGUUGGAUCCACGCGACUGCGCCAGAAAACCAUCUGUCUCGCCCGCGAUGCGUACUACAUCAUAAAUUUUGCAGCUCGUACACUGGAACCGUAUUUUCUCAAUCCGAGAGAGUGGAAUUUGAAGGGCUACACCGGCUUUGUGUGGGGUGGUACGGCUUUGUUGACUUUCAUCUGGGCAUUUAUUCGAUUGCCGGAAACGAAGGAUAGAACUUUUGGAGAGAUUGAUAUAUUGUUUGCAAACAGGGUUCCAGCGAGGAAGUUCAGGAAGUAUAAUACGGAUUUGUAUAAUGAGAGUGCGCCCAUCGUGGAGGAGGCUAGGUCAUGAUUGAUAGCUGCUUAUUCGCUUAGCAGCGAACUCGGGUUCCUCUCUGAAGCGCAGAACCAAAUCCUUGUGUAGUUUAGUCAAGGGUCGCGCGUGAGCUUUGAGCUGAGAAAUCUGACAGUCUGAAUGGCUGGAUGAUUUCCUGAAGUAAGCUAUUCAUGAUUUUGAUUGCAUGAGUGCUGUUUGGCGACGGCCCUUGAGCUGUGCAAUGAUAUUCCCAAC